UCACAUUUUCCAAGGUGGCAAAACUAGGCAGAGUGGUGUGGUGACUAAGACAGGUGCUUUAAUUAGGUGACGCUCGGUAGCAGCCGGCUCCGACUGUCAGGUUGCAGUCAGCCAAAGAGCAAUGCUUCACUCGGCGGUUGGUGCGGGGCAGACCAUGGCGCGAGCCUGGCAGCGGGCCGUUACUUUUGGAACGUGGGCCCAUUGUCUCCGCACGCGGGAGAGAGUUGGAGGCGCUCGCGGGGCUCUCCUCAAGACCGCCAGAGCGGACCGCUUCGGGGCGGUCACCGCCCACCUAGAGCCCAGGCACUUUCCGCCAGAACUGGACGAGAUCACAUUUCAGAACCUGCUGCAGGAUGCUAUCAAGCACUGGAGAGCAGAAGGCAAGGUGGCAGUCUGGCUGCAUGUUCCUAUUCUCCAGAGCAGAUUUAUACCUGCAGCAGCUGCUCAAGGUUUUACAUUUCACCAUGCUGAAAAGGACCAUUCCACAUUGGCACUAUGGCUAGCUAAGGGGGAAAGCAGGCUUCCUGCUUAUGCUACACAUCAAGUCGGUGUAGCAGGUGCUGUGUUUGAUGAAGCCACUGGUAAAGUUCUGGUUGUGCAAGAUAAAAAUAAGAUAAAAAAUGCUUGGAAGUUUCCAGGAGGCCUCUCUGAUCUGGGUGAAGAUAUUGGUGAAACAGCUGUCCGAGAAGUAUUUGAAGAGACCGGAAUAAGGUCCAAAUUUUUAUCACUUCUCAGCAUCAGACAACAGCAUAACCAUCCAGGAGCCUUUGGGAAGUCAGACAUGUACAUUGUUUGUCGUCUGAAAGCUGUCUCGUUUGACAUCAAUUUUUGCCAAGAAGAAUGCCUGCGGUGUGAAUGGAUGGAUCUGGAGGAGCUGGCCAGAAGUGAACACACAACACUUAUAACCAGCAGGAUAGCCAAGCUGAUAUUUUAUGGAUACAGGGAAGGCUUUGACAAGAUUGAUGUAAAUAUGACAGAAUUCCCAGCAGUUUAUACAGGCCUUUUUUACAAACUUUAUCACAAAGAAUUACCAGAGAAAUACGAGAAGCUACAACCAGAUGGAAUCAAAUAGGUUACGAAGGAAAAUAGUUAUUAUGAAGAUUAGAAAUUGAAUUUGUUCUAUCUGUCCAAUCAAAUAAACAAAUAAUUGGUGCAAUAUAGAAUGGGUAAAAUCCAAUUUUGUUCAGUGUUGAGAACUACAUUUUUGCAACAUUUUUAUUCAAAUGUAUAAAAACCAAGCUUCUCAAUACAUCACUUCAAUUUCAAAAAUGGCAGAUUCCCUCAGGUUUACAGUUCAUAUGUUUAAAUAUUGAAUUAAAGAUAUAUAUACAAAAUGCCUCUUAUUAUCAUUCAUUCAUUAUUUCUUCCUUUUCAAAAUUGUGUUUACAAAUGAACCUGCAGCAUAUUUUCAUUUCAUUCUUCAUUUAUAACUUCACAAAAAAUAGUAGGGGAAAAAUACUAAACAAAUUUUUUUUAGAAUAUGUUUGGGUAUAUCAACAAAUUUUACUUCUGUAUUUUUUGACCAAAAUAAACACCCCAAAAGCAUUUACAGAGCUAAUUAUACAAUUUAACUCUAUAUAUGCAACAUAUCAAAUAUCUUGAAAAAGGAAACAGACAGCUUGAGGAAAGGAAUUCCAGAGUGGAGGGCUAGGCAUCUAAAGAUAAUCUAUUGGGAGGACACAGGGAAUCUGUAUAAGACCAGAGUCAGAGGAAUGCAGAGUUCUCAAAUGGUUGUGGGCUGGAGGCUAUUACAGAAUUGGAGAGGAGCAAGAUUUGAAUAAAAGGUACUGAAUUAAAGAUCACAGCAUUGCUAGAUGGCAAGCAAUGUUGGUCAGUAACUUGAGAGGUUAUGGUUAACCAGGACUUGGUGUAAAGUAGCAUUCAGGCAGCAGUUUUGGAUUAUUUUAAUGUUAAAAAGGUGUAAGGUGGGAGAUUGUCAAGAGAGAAUUGGAAUAGCUGCACAAUUACAUUUGGAAGUUAAGACAUGGAUGAAAGAUUCAGCAACAGAUUAACUGAAGCAGGAAGGACAACAGGUAGUACAGAGGUUGUACAGGCAGUCGUGAUGAUGGUGGUGUUGUGUGAUUGGUAGCCCAGCUCAGAGGCAAAUAGGAUAAAUGGUCAAAUAAUAACAAUGCAAACAGUCUGGCUCAAGUUCAGCAAAUGGCCAGUAAUGGAUAUGCAAACAGUGAUUAAGAAACAGAGUUUGUGGCAGAGGCUUAAGAUAAUGGCUUCACACAUCAAACACCUUGGACUUUUACGGCUUUGAAAACAAUGCUCCUGGUAAAUGAAAACUAAAUUUAUGAUAAAUGUAUCAAUUUGUUUUAUAUCAUCUUCAAUAACGUUCUUCAGACUACAAUAUAAUGUUUUCCAUAUGAAAUCAAUGUUGGGAAAAUUAUGCAAAAUGCCUGACUAAGAUGGGUAGGUAGAAGAGACAAAAGUAAAUUAACUCAGCAGAUUUACUUCAGUCUCCUUAUAACAUGUACGAUGGAAGGGAAGGGAGCACUACAGGGAAAAAAAGGCGGAUGUAUUUUUAAAUAUGUGUCCAUGGAGCUGUGUCCAGUUGAAACUGUAUUUAUGAUGAUCUGAUUGUGUUUAAUUUCCAAUCAAUGCUGCAUUAUGUUUAUUGAAAUUUGAACGUGUCAGUGUCACAUAGUCCAGAGCAUCAGUUAUAUAAUUUGAAACUAUCACAACACUGUGACUGUGACAGUGAAAGAUGUUCAAUGUCUUUAACAGAAAGCACAUAAUCCUGUAGGGUUCAUUAGUUUUACUCAAUACAUAUUGAUGCACACUACUUUGAGUUAAUUUAAUGGCUAAGGUAAUUCUUGGUUAUUAAGACCUUAGCCAUAAAGGACUAGAGUCCAGUCCAACCUAAUUUACAUAUAUUUAUUUAAGUAAUCUACAUUGAUCAUUGCUUUUCUUUGGUCAUCCUCAAAUCAUUCCAGCCCAUAACUAAGAAAUUCAUCAUCUAUUUUGCUGUACUCAAAGUAAAACACAAAAUGAAAAAGUUGCUAAUAAUUCAAAAAAGUCAGUAAAACACAUUCCAAAAAUGAACAUAACAUUUCCACAACACCUUUUGGAUAGUUAACAAUACAUCCAAGUUAAAUAUUUAGGACUCUGCACAUGAAACAAAGAACCAAUGAAUUACUGAAUUUAUAUUUUUAAAAAUGAAAUAUUUCAAUCUGGCAGUGGGCAAAUUGAAACACCUAAAUGUUUGAUUCUAAUUGUGGACUUGUUGCCAGUUCAAACUGUGUCAGGGAAUCAAAUGCGACAGUUAUUGGGACUGUAGUGUAUGUAACCCUUUGAAUGACUUGAUAAGUAAAUACUGUAUCACAACAUUAACCUCAAGUCUAAAUCAAAAUUACUGUGUGUUAUACAGUUAUGAACCAAAAUUAACCAUUGAUGAUUUACCACAUAAACCAGUAUAUGGGAUUAUAUACACGACACUUU